AUUUUGGAGGCAAAACAGGGCACCCCCCAAACCCUUUUCCCUCUCUUUUCAAAACCCCAUUUCUCUCUCCAAAGGUUUGAACGCUUUUCACAUUCCCUCCUCUUCUUCCCCAUCUCAAAACCCUAAUUCUCAAACCCCGCUUCCCCAAUUCUUUUCCUAAUUUAAAACCUUCGAUUCUGAAAUUCCUCCCCAAUUCAAGGUUCAAAAACCCUACCAUAUCCAUUCUCCUAAUUCAACGCUCUUUCUUCUAGAAUUCCGAUACCUUCUUUCUCGCUGCAUUUCGAAACCCUAAGAAUAUCUAACUUCUCGUUUCGAAAUUCCAUGUGUCUCUCUCUGUCUUCAGCCGUUGAAGUCCCGGAGGACUCAACGAAUGUUCCUUCUGCACCGAAUCUGUUAUCCGAAACCCUAGAUGACUCUCAAUUGGUACCGUCGUUCCCUAAUUUAGAUGGAUCUUCCAUUCAAUCCCCCAUUCGCGGCGUUUCUCCUCUUCUGGCGGACUCUGGCGACGGUAUUUAUGCCGACAUUUUCGGUGAGGAUGCUCCGCGAGAGGAUCUUGGCAUGUCUUCACUAUUCCGGGGACUCAACGAUGACUCGUCUUCGCUGUGUUCGUCGGCGUUGACUUCGAAUUCGAUGGUUUCUACAGUGCCGUUGGAGGCAUCGAAUGCUCCCCAAAGGGACUUUCUUUUCUCUGAAAAUAACUUUGCGCUUUCAGAGGAUGGAGUAUCUGCCUCCGAUGUUUCACCUUCUAGGAUGGGAGCGGGUCUUUUAAACCUUGGCAACACAUGCUUUCUUAAUGCUAUCCUGCAAUGCUUUACGCACACAGUGCCCCUGGUGCAGGGUCUUCUUUCGUGCACUCAUUCUACCCCUUGUGUGGGUCAUAUAGGUGGGUUCUGUGUUAUAUGUGCUCUUCGUGACCAUGUUGAAAGGUCCUUAGCGGCUUCAGGAGGGACUCUUUCACCCUUGAAACUUGUGGAUAACCUGAACCAUUUUUCUUCUAUAUUUACAAGAUACCAGCAGGAGGAUGCCCAUGAGUUUAUGCAGUGUGCUUUGGAUAAACUUGAUAGAUGUUUCGUAGAUUUGAAGAAGAAUAAUAUAAAUUUUGAAGAUGAUAAUCUUGUAGAGAAAGUAUUUGGUGGACGUCUAAUUAGCAAACUUCGAUGUUGUGGCUGUGGCCGUAUUUCUGACACCUAUGAGCCUCUGAUUGACCUGAGUUUAGAGAUAGAAAAUGUAGAUUCCCUUCCAUGUGCUCUGGAAUCUUUUACUAAGGUGGAAAAUAUUGAUGCGAAAUUUAGAUGUGAAAGCUGCAAGGAAGAGGUGUCCAUGGAUAAGCAACUUAUGCUGGAUCAAACACCUGCAGUUGCAGCAUUUCAUUUAAAGAGAUUUAAGACAGAUGGGACCCGUGUUGAAAAGAUUGAUAAACAUGUUGAUUUCCCAUUGGAGUUGGACUUGCAGCCUUACACCUUUUCUAAUCAAAACAAUGAUGUGCCCUUGAAAUAUGAUCUAUUUGCUGUUGUUGUACAUAUUGGAUUUUCAUCUACUUCUGGGCAUUACUUUUGCUUUGUACGCUCUGCCCCAGACACAUGGCAUAAGUUGGAUGAUUCAAAGGUUACCAAGGUCUUGGGAGAUUUUGUGCUGUCUCAGGAAGCAUACAUAUUAUUUUAUGCACGACAGGGUACUCCAUGGUUUUCAAGUAUCAUGGAAUCUCAAGCACUCUGCUUGGAUCCGAAUACUAGUACAUCUCCUAAGUCUGUUUUAGACGUUGGUGACAGCAUGUAUAAAUCAAAUUCUGUUUCAAUUUCAAAUGAUGAAAGCAGUGAGGUUGGCGAAGCAAAAGAUAUUGCUGAGCCGCAGUUUGAUUAUUAUUGUCCUGAAGGACAUGAUUUCCUUGAAUUAAAUGACACUGGAGAUGCCACUCAUGGCUGUGGACAGUGUCCAUCUGGGUCAAACCAGCAAAGUGAUGGUUUGAAUGACUCUGAAACUACCAAUGUCCAAGUGCAGUUUGGAAAUAAAGCUAUCAUGAAUGGUAGUGCCAUGUUUGAUGGAAAUUCGUCUAUUGGGAAUGCCGUUCUUGAUAAUAACUAUAGCUGUCAGGAAGUUGUUGAUUUUAAAGAGAAUGGUGGUUUCCAUCCUUUAACUCCGCCCAGCUCCCCUGAUUCUACUGAUAAGUUCCAGAUUUAUCGUGAUCAUUUGAAGAUGGAGAGUCAUGGGAGCUGUAAAAGAACAUCAAAUAAGUUUAUGGGGGAUUCUGAGAGACAAGCAGCCGUGAAAUACGUUAACAAGAUGUCUGGCUCCAGGAAAGGCGUGUUUUUGGAAUUAGUUAGUGGUCAAAAGGAAGCUUUGGACAAGAAGAGAAAAAAGAUGGAUUCAACUCCAUAUAAGAAAAGCAACACAAUUGGUGUCCGCAAAAAAUCAAACCAUACUUCUGGCAGCCACACUGUAGCAGCUGGAGUUUCACGAUGAACAAUCUCUGGUAUUAUGACGAUGUACUUGAAUUCUUUUAGGGAAAAACCUAAACCUGCGAUCUUUUUUGCUAUAACUUGUCGAUACCAAACGACGAAUUGUAUAGUUUAACACCCGAGCGAGCGAUGAACAAAUGUCCUUGUCUGGAUAUUUUCGCCUUCUGCAUUGGUAGA